UUCUUCUCCCUUUCGCUCUUAGGAUGAGGUUGGCGCACCUGGCAUCGUGGUUGGAGUUUCUGUAGAUGGAAAAGAAGUCUGGUCAGAAGGUUUAGGUUAUGCUGAUGUUGAGAACCGUGUACCAUGUAAACCAGAGACAGUCAUGAGAAUUGCCAGCAUCAGCAAAAGCCUAACCAUGGUUGCUCUUGCCAAACUGUGGGAAGCAGGGAAACUGGAUCUUGAUGCUCCAGUACAGCAUUAUGUUCCUGAAUUCCCAGAAAAAGAAUAUGAAGGUGAAAAGGUUUCUGUCACAACAAGAUUACUGAUUUCCCAUUUAAGCGGAAUUCGUCAUUACGAGAAGGACAUGAAAAAGGUAAAAGAAGAGAAAGCUUAUAAAGCCUUGAUGAUGAAAGGGACGCUGGCACCUGACCAAGAAAAAGACAGAAGCAGCGAAAAGGAUGACUUUGCUAAAGCUAAGACCGAGCAGGGUAAUGAGGUCAAGUGCCGGAACUCAAAACCUGGCAAGAAAAAGAAUGAUUUUGAGCAAGGCGAAUUGUAUUUGAAAGAAAAGUUUGAAAACUCAGUCGAAUCCCUGAGAUUAUUUAAAAAUGAUCCUUUGUUCUUUAAACCUGGUAGUCAGUUUUUGUAUUCAACUUUUGGCUAUACCCUACUGGCAGCCAUAGUAGAAAGAGCUUCAGGAUAUAAAUAUUUGGACUAUAUGCAGAAAAUAUUCCAUGACUUGGACAUGCUGACCACUGUGCAGGAAGAAAACGAGCCAGUGAUUUACAAUAGAGCAAGAUUUUAUGUUUACAAUAAAAAGAGACGUCUGGUCAACACACCUUACGUGGAUAACUCAUAUAAGUGGGCUGGUGGUGGAUUCCUGUCUACGGUGGGUGACCUUCUGAAAUUUGGGAAUGCAAUGCUGUAUGGUUACCAGGUAGGGCUGUUUAAGAACUCAGAUGGAAGUCUUUUACCUGGAUACCUCAAACCAGAAACAAUGGUCAUGAUUUGGACUGCAGUCCCUAACACAGAGAUGUCUUGGGAUAAAGAGGGGAAGUACGCGAUGGCAUGGGGUGUGGUGGAAAAGAAGCAAACAUAUGGCUCUUGUAGGAAGCAGCGACACUAUGCUUCACACACCGGUGGAGCAGUGGGUGCCAGUAGUGUCCUCCUGGUCCUUCCUGAAGAACUGAAUGCAGAGGCUAUAAAUAACAAGGUUCCCCCGAGAGGAGUCAUUGUCUCUAUCAUAUGUAACAUGCAAUCUGUGGGCCUCAAUAGCACUGCUUUAAAGAUUGCCCUGGAAUUCGAUAAAGACAGAUCAGACUGAUACUUAACAUCACAGAUGCAAAAUGAGCUGUUUUGUUUUUUUGAAACAUUCACGUUCCAAAUUACAUGAGAUUUGUAAGAAUCAAUUUGUAAUAGUAUAAUUGAAUGCAGAGAAUUAUGUACCUCUAACUUCUUAAUUUUGUAACUGUCUUUUAUUGUAGCAUUAACUCUUUAUACUCAGGGAAGUAACCAUAUUGUUUUUACUUUUUGAAAAAAGUAUUAGCUCUUGAAAUAAAGUAUUCUAAUAAAAA